AUGGCGAAUACCGAACCGCAAUUUAUUCAGUCCAUUGUCCAAGCUGUCCACAAAGAGAGCCAGAAGCAAGCUGUAGCUACAUCUACCGCAUUUGUUUGGGUUGAGUGGUGUAGCGUUCUCAUACAACACCUAGCUGGAACCCAUCGAUGGGAAGCAUUUGGAAAAGAAAUUGUACUAUCAGACGCCGAACUUCUAGAAAAAUGUCUCCAACAUCCGUUGAAGCAUGGCAUUGCUCGAUCCGCCCUGGUUGUGACGCGACGAGCGUACCGAAAGCUUUUUUCUAUGUCUGAGACUGGUAAGAAAGCUUUGGAAGAUGCCGUCAGAAUCCUUACAACAAAGCAAACCCAGCCUACGGCCAAAUACUCCUUGAUCCUUGGAGUAAUCGCGGGCGUAUGCGCUCGUUCACCAAUGCUGAAGGAUUCGUUUUCUCCUGUGAAGUCGAGUUACUACGAUUUCUAUUCCCGAGAGUUGAUCGGUUCCCGCAUCACUAUACCCAUACACAUCGCCAAUGGUCUGGUCGACUUUUUCGCCGCCUUCUUGACGCGGGAGGCGCUCAGGACAGACAUUAUCCCGAACAUUGAGAAGGGACUGCUACGCUCUCCCGAGGUUAUCCUCACCGGAGUUUUGAAGCCACUCAUCAGCUCGCUUCCGAAAGAACUCGAAAUAUCGGAUAUUUUCGAGAAAAGCCUCCUCAAGCCAAUUAUGUCAAACCUCAAAUCGACAAAUACCUCAAUUCGAGACGCUUCUGUCAGCGUCUUUUGCGCUGCAAUCACCCAUUGUCAAGACCAUGAAGCUAUUAAACGCAUUGUCCAAGAAAUUUCUGGCCCUUUGAAAGCCGGUAAAGUGGCUUCUGCCGAUCAUCGCAUUCUUCACGCUUCCAUGCUGGGGAGCAUUCCUUUGUCUUCAACAACUUCGGAAGCUGUUUCUACGGCCCUUGCAGCUGUCGCAUCGAAAGAAGGAAAUGAGGCAGCGCUCUCCGCAGAGCUUCGAGCCCUGGGCAGAGCAGCUAGUUUCACAUUGAGGAGCAACAAGACCGUUCCCACGGGUACUCAAGAGGCACUUGUUAAGGGCCUUGCAGAGAAAAAGGCACCAAUCAAGAAACUUUGGAUUCUGAGUGCCGGGCAGAUCUUGUGGAACAAUACUGAUGCUUCCUCAGUAGCCAACACCAAUGCGUUCGUUGAAGCCAUCAUACCAAGACUACUGACGACUCUAGACGAGGUUGCAUCAAAUCCUGCAGCGGCUGCACAGAGUGGGUUGAUAGUGGGAGCUUAUGUUCUCAUCGCUCUGCACAAGAGGCUCGACAAUCAAUAUCAGAAUUCUAAUCUGACACAGCUGUUGGCCAAAGCAGACAUCGCCAACAGAGCACUGAAUGUCACAGAUAAGCAACCUAUUUUGCUGAAUGCGAGAAUUUAUAGCAAGGCCAAUACUGAGGAAGACCUAUCCUGGCUUCUUCGCGCGCUAGCCGCUUCGUCGGAGCACCUCACAAUUCUGAGUGGUGAAGCUAUCUCACGAGCGUGGGCCGAAGCUAUGGCAUACCUCAUUUCCGCUCACUCUGUUGCCCCUACUUUGCAGCGGAGAAGUUCAAAAGUUUUGUCGAGGCUGUACGCAGAACGACCCAACGUUAUAUCCAGCUUCAUCAUUGAUGGGUUAUGGAGUGCCCUUGGUCAGCUGCAAAGCAGUGGGAAAGAUGUGAAGCAGGAAAGCGCAAAUUUUGCCAGAGUGCUUAGGUCGAUAUCUCUCAAUCCUACAGAGAUGCCCAGCAACGAUGAAUCAGAAAUCAAAAAGUACUUGGAAGAGCAAGCCUGCUCAAUGAUAGUCCUGGCGCAACCAGAACUUAUCACCGGCUCGAAUUGGAUUGAUACUGUCAUUCGAAUGGGCAUUGAUCCCGGCGAACUGGCACGUAAACAUCGCGAUCAUGUACUGAAGGAGAUCGGGACUAGAGCUGCCCCUGAGAACGUAAGUACCGACAAGAUUUACGCAUUUUCCGAGCAAAAUGCUAACGAUUCGCAUCAGCCUGCAAUUCUUAGGCAGGCGGCGUAUAAUGCUGCAGCUGAACUCGCAUUUGUUGCACCGGAUAUAAUUGUCCCCCGACUUCUGGAGCUGGUUGCGCGAGAUUUGAACCCUGACGACCUUCGCUCUAUUGGCCCGCUAGAAAUGGCAAUUUUCAGAACACCUGAAGGAACAUGCUUUGUGGACGUUCUUGGAAAGAAAGCGAAGGGCGUUCUUCCCAACAAGAAGAGUGCCGCUGAAGAUAUUUCCAGGUGGGAGCAAGACGCUCGAACCCAAAUUGAGCAAAGAAAACCUCAAAGCAAGAAACUAUCUAGCGAAGAGGCGUCAAAAGUAAAUGCCCAGUUGAGGAAAGAAGAGACUAUCCGGGACUCGGUGCGAGAGUUGCAAGCAAGGAUCAACCGGGGCGUUGGUGUUAUCGAAGCGUUGGCCAGCGGUCCUCCAACAGACGCUACAUUAUGGCUCGGCCAAUCCGUGAGACUUCUGCUUAAUGCCAUCGAGGAAGGUGCAUCUUUCGUCGUCGAGGAGGUCGUCGCGACAGCCUUUUUGAAGUGCUCUGAGAAGAUCUCGAUGAGGCUUGGAGCCAUGCGACCUUUUAUUGGCGCCGCUACGCUGCGACUGAACGAUGUGGCACUGCCUGAAAACUACUACGAAGAGCCUCUCGAGGAUCUUGUGACAAGAACACUUUAUCGAUUGAGGUUUGCCGGUGAGCAACGGCCCUUCGAUGUCGCUACCCUGACCUACGUGUUGCCUCUGCUGCUUGACAUCCUACGUACUGGCGGCGUUGGAGCAACUGACGAUGAUCGCGACGCUCAAAUCGUCCUGGCUGUGGAAGUCAUAUCUUUCCACACUGAUGUUUGUGAGGAUGAGUCACUCCCGCGUGCCGAAGUUUUUACAGCAUUGAUCGACGCGAUGCAACGGUACACACAGCACUACAAGAUCAUAAAAGACUGCUUUGCGGACAUCUGCCGCUGCAUUGCUCCCAACAUCAGCCAGAGCGAGAUACGCGUCCUCGCCAAGGGCUCAACUGUCCCUUCUGGCACAGUCCGGACAGCUAUUUUGCAAUCAAUCAGUGCCGAGGUUGAUAUGACAGAGUUGCAAUAUUCUGAUGAGAUUUGGUUAGCAAGCCAUGACGAUCUGGAAGAAAACAGGGAGCUUGGUCGCGAAAUUUGGGAGGAAAGUGAGUUUUCUAUCAGGGAGUCCGCCAUUGCUACCUUGUUGCCGUACUUGGAGAGUAAUGAUGCACAGCUGCGCAGAUCGGCUGCUAGAUCAAUUGCUGAAGCAGUUGCCUCGCGAAAAAGCGUCAUUGAGUCUCUACUGUCGCAGUUGAAGAAAUCCUAUAUCGAAUUUGCAAAACCAAGAGCACAGAAGCUUGACGAGUACGGUAUCCCUAUCAAAAUGAAUCUCUCUGAUCCCUGGGAGGCCAGGCAAGGCAUUGCCACUGCAUUCAAAGAGAUAUCUCCUAUACUCGACGCUACACAGCUGGAGGCGCUCUUUGUGUAUCUCAUAGAGUCCGGCCCUUUUGCUGACACCAAUGGCAAUGUUCGUGGCGAAAUGUUAGAUGCUGCUCUCAGGGCUAUCGAUAGCCAUGGCAAGGCCAUGGUUGAAACCCUAAUGAAGAGAUUCGAAGCGACUCUUGAGAAUGGCGACAAGAGCAAUGAUGCUGCCGAUCGAUUGAAUGAAGCUGUCAUCAUUUGCUAUGGCGCUCUUGCCAGUCAUCUUCGACCUGGGGACACCAAGAUUCCAGUUGUUAUCCAGCGCCUCCUUGGUACUCUCAGUACACCGUCCGAAACUGUGCAGUUCGCGAUCGCAGAAUGCCUUCCCCCACUUAUUAAGGCGUACCCCGAGAACACAUCCAAAUACAUCGAGCAAAUUAUGACUGAGCUCCUCAAUUCAAGGAAAUAUGCGGUGCAGAGAGGAGCAGCGUACGGCUUGGCAGGGGCUGUUCGGGGCCGAGGGAUCGGGGCGCUGCGCGACUAUCGUAUCAUUUCCAAUCUCAGCGCUGCCUUGGAAAACAAAAAAGAUGCACAGCAGAGAGAAGCGGCGUUGAUUGCAUUUGAACUUCUUUCAACUGUUCUUGGACGGCUGUUCGAGCCUUACGUCAUACAAAUUGUUCCCCAACUCUUGGGCGGAUUCGGUGAUAGCAAUGGCGACGUUCGUGAUGCUUGCUUGGCGGCUGCGAAGGCCUGCUUCGGCAAACUUAGCUCUUAUGGUGUCAAAAAAAUAAUGCCUACCCUUCUUGGCGGUCUUGACGAUCAGCAAUGGAGAAGUAAGCGUGGCGCUUGUGAUUUGCUCGGUGCAAUGGCCUACCUUGACCCAAACCAGCUCGCCACUAGUUUGCCCGACAUCAUUCCCCCUCUCACCGGCGUGUUGAACGAUAGCCACAAGGAAGUACGCGCAGCGGCAAACCGGAGUCUGAAACGAUUUGGUGAGGUUAUCAACAAUCCGGAAAUCAAGGGCUUGGUUGAUAUUCUCCUGAAAGCCUUGAGUGACCCUACCAAGUACACAGAUGAGGCACUCGAUUCCCUUAUCAAAGUCCAGUUUGUUCAUUAUCUUGAUGCACCAUCUCUAGCUCUGGUGACAAGGAUACUCCAGAGAGGUCUCGGUGACCGCUCUAACACCAAACGCAAAGCUGCCCAGGUUAUUGGUAGUCUGGCUCACUUGACUGAAAAGAAGGAUAUCAUUGCUCAUCUUCCGAUUCUGGUUGCUGGCCUGAAAGUUGCCGCCGUGGAUCCUGUCCCGACAACUAGAGCUACAGCGUCAAGAGCACUGGGUUCACUUGUUGAGAAGCUCGGAGAGGAUGCUCUACCCGAUCUUAUCCCCGGCUUGAUGCAGACCCUGAAGUCUGAUACUGGUGCCGGCGACCGUCUUGGUUCGGCCCAAGCUUUAAGUGAGGUCCUUGCCGGGCUUGGCACGACAAGACUGGAGGAGACACUACCGACAAUUUUGCAAAAUGUUGACUCUUCUAAACCGGCCGUCAGAGAAGGAUUCAUGUCACUCUUUAUUUUCCUUCCUGUCUGUUUUGGUAAUAGUUUUGCCAACUACCUCGGCCGGAUCGUUCCACCUAUCUUGGCUGGCCUCGCUGACGACAUUGAAUCAAUUCGAGAUACCGCUCUGCGCGCUGGUCGCCUCUUGGUCAAAAACUUUGCCGUCCGCGCUGUGGACCUUUUGCUACCAGAGCUAGAGCGUGGUUUAGCAGAUGAUAGCUACAGGAUUCGGCUGAGCUCAGUCGAGCUUGUUGGGGAUCUGCUUUUCAACCUCACUGGCAUCAAGGCCAACACUGAAAUUGACGAGGAUGACGACGAAGCCAUCAAAGAAGCAGGUGCCUCGCUUAAGGAGACUCUAGGAGAAGAAAAGCGCAACAAGAUUCUCUCUGCACUGUAUGUUUGCCGCUGCGAUACUUCUGGUGCUGUUCGAUCUGCUGCCAUCUCGGUCUGGAAGGCAUUGGUGCACAACCCCAGGACUCUAAAGGAAUUGGUGCCGACUUUGAUCUACCUUAUUAUUCGACGCCUAGGCAGUUCCAACAUGGAGCACAAAGUUAUCGCCAGCAACGCUUUAGGCGAGCUGAUUCGAAAGGCUGGAGAUGGCGUUCUUGCGAGCUUGCUUCCUACGCUAGAUGAGGGCUUGCAGACCUCCACCGACUCAGAUGCCAAGCAAGGCAUCUGCCUGGCCCUUAGAGAACUCAUCUCCUCUGCUACACCCGAGGCGCUCGAGGAGCAUGACAAGACUCUCAUUGCUGUUGUGCGAACCGCGCUUAUCGAUUCUGAUGAUGAAGUACGGGAAGCCGCUGCUGAAGCAUUUGACUCCCUGCAGAGCAUCUUUGGCAAGCGGGCUGUAGAUCAAGUUCUCCCAUAUUUGCUCAACCUACUUCGCUCGGAUAGCGAAGCAGAUAAUGCUCUGUCAGCAUUAUUGACCCUCUUGACAGACACUACUAGAUCCAACAUCAUUCUGCCAAAUCUCAUCCCCACGCUCACCAGCCCACCAAUCUCUGCAUUCGACGCGAAGGCCCUUGCAUCACUUUCUCGUGUCGCGGGCCCCUCUAUGAAUCGCAGGUUGCCCAACAUUAUCACAUCCCUGCUCGAAAAUGAGAUCAACUGCACAGAGGAUGAAUUGCGUGGCGAAUUGGAGCGGUCUUUUGAUACGGUCAUACAGUCCAUUGACGAGUAUGAUGGUCUCAAUACCGUCAUGAACGUUCUCCUGGGUCUGCUCAAGCAUGACGAUCAUCAAUGGCGUGCUGCGACCGCCCGUCACCUGACAAGAUUCUUUGCUGCGGCUACGGUGGAGUACUCGCGAUACAACCAGGAUAUCAUUCGUUCGCUGCUCAACUCCUUCGACGAUAGCGAUACUGCGGUGGUACAGGCUUCAUGGGGAGCAUUAAGCGCAUUCACUAAGAAACUCAGGAAGGAGGAAAUGGAAUCCCUCGUUCCAUCAACUCGACAGACACUACAGCGCGUCGGUGUCGCAGGAGCAAAUCUGCGAGGAUUCGAGCUGCCUAAAGGCAUUAACGCUAUUUUACCUAUUUUCCUGCAGGGUCUGAUGAAUGGUACAGCGGAUCAGCGUGUACAAGCUGCUCUGGGCAUUUCGGAUAUUAUUGACCGCACUAGCGAAGCCAGUCUGAAGCCAUUUGUCACGCAAAUCACUGGUCCGCUUAUUCGCGUUGUGUCAGAACGGUCAACCGACGUGAAGUCUGCCAUUUUGAUGACUCUCAACAACCUGCUGGAGAAGAUGCCUGCCGCGUUGAAACCCUUCCUACCUCAACUGCAAAGAACAUUUGCCAAGUCUUUGGCCGACGGCUCGAGCGAGGUUCUGCGCACAAGAGCUGCCAAGGCUCUUGGAACGUUGAUCAGGUAUACUCCACGAAUCGACCCUCUUAUUGCCGAACUCGUUACCGGAUCGAAGACUACAGAUGCAGGCGUGAAAAAGGCCAUGCUCAAGGCCUUGUAUGAGGUUAUUAGCAGGGCAGGCGCGAACAUGGGUCAACCUUCCCGCACGGCGAUAUUGUCUCUGAUUGAUAGCGAUGUUGACGAAAGCGAUUCUUCCAUGGCAAUCACAAAUGCACAGCUUCUGGGCGCCUUGAUAAAGAACGUACCCGAAGAAGCUGCAGCAAGCUUAUUACGCAACCGUGUGGUGUCAGCAAACUUCAAUUUAUCAUCAGCGCUUGCCUUGAACGCUGUCUUGGCCGAGUCCCCGGAAGUUUUGGUCCGGAGUUCUGUGGCGGAGGAGCUGCCCGACCUUCUCUGCCAGGGCAUGACUGCGAAACCAACCUUUGUCGGAGACAAUUACAUCUUGGCGGCUGGCAAAUUGCUUCUCUCAUCACCUCCUAAAAGCUUUGACGCUACAAAGAAUAUCUUCGAGGGACUUGCCAAAAUUAUUCAGCCGGGCUCCCCCUCGGAUUCUCGGAGACUAGCCUUGGUUAUCGUACGCACGGUGAGCCGAACAAACAUGGAACUUGUCCGGCCUCAUGUACCACUGCUAGCCACGCCGAUAUUCUCGAGCGUUCGAGACCCUGCUAUCCCCGUUAAGCUGGCAGCCGAGGCGGCGUUCGUGGAACUCUUCAGCGUCGUAGAGGAAGAGAGCAGGAUUUUUGAUAAGUACAUGGCCGGGCCGGGGGCAGAUCUGCCAACAAAUACGAAGAGAAGCAUGACUGAUUACUUUAAGCGCGUCGCAACCCGCUUGGGUAUUCAGGCCCGUGAAAGAAGAGAGGCCGAAGGGGGACAAGGUGGUCUCGGUCUAUCCAACGACGAGCAAGAAGACGAGCGUGAGAUUUGGAGUGUUGGCCAAGUAGAGAUUGAAGGGGAGAGUUUUACAUAG